UCACAUCGCUCCGCAUAGCCACAACUUCCAACGAUUGAAGCCCCAAAUUGGAUCUUAUAGCUAUUCUUACCGAUUACCUCUUGCCUUUUCCCGUCCAUUAUCCCACAGCUCAGAGCAGGAUUGUAAGGCUCUUGACCAAUACUAGCUCUCCGGCACUUACCAUCUACACUUUCGUUUAUCACAAUGGCAGAAGGCUCAGGGACUGCCCCCGCGGCGUUACAAAUCACAUCGGAGCAAAUCAUCCACGAGGCGCUCUCGCAGCGUGACGCUACACUCCGCGCAACAACGCAGAACACGGAGUAUGCGGACCUCGAGGAGCUCCAGCAGCAUCAGUACAAACAGCGUCGUUCGUUCGAACAGGCGCUUACACGCAAUCGUCUUAAAACUAGUCAGUGGCACCAAUACGCCAACUUCGAACUCCAGAACCGUGACUUCGCACGUGCGCGCUCCAUCUUCGAGCGCUGCCUUGUGGUAAUGCCGCACCACAUCCCCACAUGGACCAAGUACAUCAAGGCCGAAUUGCAGCACGGCAACGUGAACCAUGCGCGCAACUUGCUCGACCGCGUGGUGACGUUGUUGCCGCGCGAGGCUAAGCCUUGGUACUUGUACGUCAGCACGGAGGAGGCACUCGGCAACGUUUUUGGCACGCGGCAGGUGUUUCGUAAGUGGCUCGAGUGGGACCCCCCAAAAGAUGCAUGGAUGCGCUAUAUCGAAUUUGAGAUCCGGUAUAAUGAAUACGAGAAAGCCAGACUCGGGUUCCAGGCGUGUGCGGUGGCCAUGCCGCUAGACUUGGACGUCUGGUUCCGCUGGACCAACUUUGAGAAGCUGCACGGAACCAAGGCUCUCGCACGGGAGGUUUACGCACUCGCUAUCGAGACGGUGGCGGCAAUUCCGAAGAAGGAGGCCAGUUUGCCGCCGCUAAUCACCCAUUGGGCUGCGUACGAAGUGGCCAGUGACGACUUUACGGCCGCCAGCAAGGUCCUCACGGUGUCGCUCGCCAAGUUUUCCGUUUCUGAGGACGAUAGAACCCAGUUGUUACAGGCCUUGGCUGAGUAUGAAAAGCGGUUUGGGUCGGUAGAAUCAGUUGAAGCCGUUACAUUGCAGAAGCGAAUGCUCCAAUAUGCAGCGGAGUUGGCCGCCAGCCCCGAGGACUACGACUUGUGGUGGAUCUAUCUCGACGCGACGGAGACACAGGGCCCCGAGGAGACUCAGAGAGCGUUUGCCAAAGCCGUCGCGGCGUCGCCCCAGAGUGAAACCAAGGAAGCCUGGAGAAAGUACAUUGCCGUAUGGCUCCGCUACCUUAUGUUUGUCGAGUUGACCCUCGACGAUAAGGAAAAGACGAGGCUGCUUUUCCAAGAGCUUUUGGGUUUGAUUCCCCACACCAAGUUCUCCUUCACAAAGGUCUGGUUGGCGUACGCAAAGUUCGAAAUCCGCUGUUUGAACGUGGCGGCCGCGCGCAAGGUCUUGGGCCAGGCUAUCGGCCGUACACGCGGCCUAAAGCCAUCUGUCUUCAAGCGCUACAUCGCGUUAGAGAUCCAGAUGCGAGAAUUCGACCGUGUGCGCAAGAUCUAUGAGAGCUGGCUCAGCGCUGCCCCAGCGCUGCUCGAAGCGUGGCUAGCAUGGCUCGAGUUCGAGAUGGAGCUAGAUGAAGGCGCGCGUGUCGCUGCAUUGUUCGAAACGGCGUUUGAGUACGUUGCGGUGACAGACAGGGAUGCACUCAUGGACAGAUACGCCGGGUUCUUGCUUGAGGAGGGGCAGUACGAGCAGGCGGAGGCAGCGUUUGAAGCGAUAGUUAAGGAUUCACCGACGUUGAACGGCUGGUUGCGCUACGUCGAGGUCUUGCGCAGCGUUGCAGAGCAGGACGCUGAAUUGCGCGACAGCUACGUUGCGAAGGCGCGUGCAGUGUACGAGCGCGCGAUUUCCGCUUCAAAAGCCAGCAAUGAGAGCCGUUUCUAUGUGCUCAAGGCUCUUGUUGAGUUUGAAGAGGUCUAUGGAGAUGCCAUGACCAAGAGUGCGGCUGAAAACAGGCUCCCAGCGGUCGUGAAGCGCAAGGUCGCGGACACGGAUGGGAACUACAACGAAUACUUGGACUACGUUUUUCCCGACGACGAAGCGAUCCAGGAGCAGCCAACAAAGAAGCCCAAGUGGGGUGCUUUCUUGACUAAUGCGAAAAAGUGGGCUGCCACCCAGAAGGAGUAAGCCUGAGGAAGUGAUUCCGAGGUGGUUAAUUGAGUAUAUUGAAACAAUAGAAGUUGGCAAAUGUGGAAGAAGCGUAUCCAGGUUAUAAAAGGGACGGUGGAGGGAGAAAUUUAACCUUGUAUGAGUAAGGUGAAGUGAAUUAAAAGGUGGCCGGUUGGAUAAAUAUAGCAUAUAUUUGGUUCUAUUUCUUCGAGUAUUAAGAAAGAUAUCUUCAAUGGUUACAUAGUGCAUCUCGUACAACUCCAG